AUGGAACGUUACUCUACGAAAGGGAAGAAACCACUGAAGGGAAAUAACUACUUAAGGAGAGAGCGACCACGCCCUGAGUACGCAGCCAAGGCUCCCACAUACGAGGAGAACCCGAUCACCCGUGUCAAGGAGCCGUACUUUCCACCACGCAAACGCCUUCCCAGAAUCCUGUCUGGAAUUGCUGUCAUUAUCAUCAUGAUGACUCUAGUGAUGAUAUUCAUCGUCGCAGUGAUCAUGUACAGAGUGCUGGUCAGCAUACCACUUUUUCAACACGCUAGCACACGUCCACGGGCCCAGCUAAUAGCCUCUUUCUCGUCGGCUAUCGUCAACCUUUUAUGCAUUAUGGCCCUGGGGCGAGUGUAUGAAAAACUGGCAUUGAAAAUGACACAAUGGGAGAUGCACCGUACCCAGACAGAGUUUGAAGACCAGCUGACCUUCAAGGUGUUCCUCUUCCAGUUUGUCAACUUCUACUCAUCCAUCAUCUACAUAGCUUUCUUCAAGGGAAAGUUUGUUGGUUACCCUGGCCUCUACACUACAUUCUUUGGCCUGAGGAGUGAGGAUUGUAACAAUGGGGGCUGCCUGGUGGAGUUAGCCCAACAGUUGGCAGUCAUUAUGAUUGGCAAGCAAAUGAUCAACAACGCACAGGAAAUCAUCGUACCGAAGGUGAAGGCAUUCUUUCAUCGUAUGAAGAUCAAGGUGGACAAAUCUCGCGUCCAGUCACGUUGGGAGGAAGAUUACCAGCUGAUAGAGAAUGAGGGACUGUUUGCAGAGUACCUUGAAAUGGUUUUGCAGUUUGGGUUCAUUACAAUCUUUGUGGCAGCCUUUCCGUUGGCUCCCUUGUUUGCUCUCCUCAAUAACUGGGUGGAGAUACGACUCGAUGCCCAAAAGUUUGUCAGUGAAACCCGCAGACCGGUGGCUGACCGAGCGCAGGACAUUGGUGUCUGGUUCUCCAUUAUGGAUGGACUGGCGCAGAUAGCUGUCAUUAGUAAUGCAUUCUUGAUUGCGUUUACAUCAGAGUUCCUACCUAGAUUGCUCUACCAGUAUCAGUAUAACUGGAACCUGGAGGGGUACACAAACUUCACACUGGCAAUGGCCCCUAAUGGGACCCUAAGUCAGCCAUGCAGGUACAAGGGAUUCCGAGACAAUGAAGGCAACUACACCAUGUUUUUCUGGCAUUUAUUGGCUGUCCGUCUUGCCUUCGUCAUCGCUUUUGAGCACGUGGUGUUUGGUAUCUGCCGCCUGAUUGACAUCCUGGUUCCCGAUGUCCCAGAAAGCCUCUCUCUGAAGAUCAAACGUGAGCGCUACCUAGCCAAACAAGCACUAGCUGACACAGACACCAUCAUGCAGAUUGCGAGAGGCGAGGAUGCAGGCUAGGGGAGUUAAUGAAACAUUCAAGGGAGAGCAUCCACACAGGGGAGAUAAUGGUGCAUUUAAGGGAGAGCAUCCACACAAGGGAGUUAAAGAUGCAUUUAAGGGAGAGAAACCACAAUUGUAUGAACACCUUUUGCAUGACUAUGUCAUUGCUCUAUGAAACAUUUUCUGUGACACUUCAACAUGGAAACUUCCAAUAAAGAUACGAUUUGUCUGGGUAUAAUUGAUGAUACACUAAAAGAUUUGUAACGAUAGAUUGUGAGAUUUAGAAUCAUACACUAUAAUAAUAUUAACAAUAUACCAUGAGAUGAGAAUAAACCCCACCACAAAAUUUAUUUUAGGGUGCAUGUCGCACAGCAGACAUUUGGGGUACUGUAGUACUUUUUAUUCUGAUUAAUAUAAUGAUAUACAGAUUUAUAUAAGAUUAAUCAUGUAUAUUCAAAAUAAAAAUGUGUUUACAAAUGAUAUUAUAAUACUGUUCUUUUACUUAAUUUAAUAUAUAUUUGAACUGUUGUAUUUACAAGACAAUUUUUAAAUGUAUUUUUAUAUAUUUUUUCUGCAAUUAUCAUUUGUUUGUGAAUAAGAACACCAUAUUCUUAUUAGAUUUAUUCUUUUUUUUCCUACAUCUCAUGUAGUAAUAAUUGAUCUAAUAUAAAAUCAUUAAAACUAAACAUUUUAUCAACACAGAUGGAACAAAUAAUAUAGAAUUUUAUUUUCAAAUCUGUUAUUGCAUGUGUAUGUAUGCUUAUGAUCUAAGAUGUGGCAUAAUGGUUAGUGACCUCUGAUUGUACAUAUGAACGUUGUUCUGGGAAAACAGGGCUUAAUGCAUGUACAUAAAUUGUUGUCCCAAUUUAGACUGUGCAGUCCACAGUGGCCAAUAAAGGGCAAUACUGUCUAUCUAGACUGGAUUUAUGUUUAGAAAGUACUUUCUUUAAAUCAAAAUUGAAGGGCAAAGUGUUGUCUCUGAUCUGCACUGACUAACUUGGGUUGACACUUAAUGCAUACGCAUUAGGCCCUGUUAUGUCAGAGUCAGAUUCCUAUUGAAAGCAUAUUGAUGAAAUAUAGUACUUGGCACAUGGUAAAACCAUGGAAGCAUUAUACUGCUUGUUGUUGCUUAUCGUGAUGUUGAAAAGGGCAUGUGCAUUUACCUAUAGUUUACCGAUAGUAUAUAAUUGUUUUAUUCUUUUUGUCUUUUAGGUGGUUAUUUACACCACUUAGUGUUGUAUAACACUUGUAUUGGCUUUAGUUUUAGGAAUAUAUGUGAAAGGCUCAGACAUAUGUUUGAAAAACUACUAUUUACUUCACAUGUGUAUUGCCUGUAGGUAAGAAAUUGGGGUUUGUGGAAGCCAUUCACAAUUAUUUAGUUAUGAUUUUGUUUUAUUUGAGACUUUUUGACUCUGUAUUUGAUGCAUGAUUCUUAACCCUUUGCAUGCUGGGAAAUUUGUCGUCUGCUAAAAUGUAGUCUGCUGAAUUUCUAAAAUUAGCAUUUUCUUUGAAUUUUUUUCAAAGAAUACUAUCAGAAUAGCAAACAAUUUGGAUCCUGAUGAGACGCCACGUUUUGUGGCAUCUCAUCUGGAUCCAAACUGUUUGCAAAGGCCUUCAAAAUUCGGUUCCAGCACUGAAAGAGUUAACCUUAUACCUCUCUGAUGCGCACUUUCAUGCAUUUAUAGUCCCUUAGAAAACCAAAUAAAAUGUUAGCCCUUUCUUACUAGAUUCAAGUUUUUAAGCCUUUAUUUCUAAACCCUAACAUACCUAUGCGCCGCAAACAGCAUACAACCAAAACAAACAGCAAGUUACUUGCAGGCUGUUCUGGUUUUAUGCUGGUUGCCUGUAGCCAUUUUCACUUUGGUUCUGAGAGUGAAAUGAUUAAUGACCAACCAUUGCUAUUGUUUGUGAGCUUCAUGUGAUACUGAUGUAAACCAUUUCAACUGUGUGUAAACCAUUCCAACUAUGUGUAAACCAUUCCAACUCUGUGUUAACAUUCCUUCUUGCACAUUUAAGCCACAUAUUACUCUAGGUUUGCAUCAUUCUGCAAAAAAGGGAAGCUACAUUGCAUAUGCGUAAAGUGUCCUCCCAGGCUAGCCCGUCCAGUCCUUUAAUAAAUGCAUUAAACUGUUUAACAACAAACAGAUAUGAGGUUUCAGUAAAAAUGUUAUUUAUUUGUAUAACCAUUGAACACAAAUUCAAGCUAGUGGAUCGUAUGAUACAAAAAUAAAUUGUACUAUAGCUAUGAUCAAUAUAUGCAAAUUUAAGUCAUAUAUACUUUCUUCUGAGAUUUCAAUUAUUUGGUUUUAUCUGCUCACCCCAGCGCAACGCACUCAAUGUAAGCUUUUGUGUUCACUGUUUGUUCAUUGUUUGUUGACUUGUUCCUCGUCCAUCAAUUGUGCGUUGCAACAUUAUAUUUAAACAGGGCUCAAUGAAUGUUCAUAAAAUAACGUCCCAGAUUAGCCUGUGCAGUCAGUGCAGGCUGAUAGCAAACUUACCUUUCCACUUAAAUGGAGUUUUUAUUUUAAAGGAAGUCUCUUCCCAAUGAAAAUCCAGUUUACUGCGCUCAAUACCUUGUAUUGUAUUGACUUUUAUUAGUCCCCUUCCGGUUUCACCGGAGGGACUUAUGGUUUGCGCUCUGUGUGUCUCUCAGUCCGUCAGUCUGUCACACUUUUCUGGAUCCUGCGAUAACUUUAAAAGUUCUUCAUAUUUUUCAUGAAACUUGAAACAUGGACAGAUGGCAAUAUGGAGAUUAUGCACGUCAUUUCAUUUUGUCCCUACGUCAAGAAUUCCGGUUGCUAUGGCAACAAAUAGACUUAAAUAUUGCUGAAAAUGGUGGAUCCUGCAAUAACUGGUAGGGGACUUUUAUUGCUUGGCAAUAGUCUUGUUAUGUAGAUAAUUUUAGAUGUGUUUCAUAUACACCUUGAAUAUAACUGUCAAACUUUUUUUCGUUUGUGAUUGCAUUACAUUUUUGUGUUAAUUGUAGUAUUUUACAUUUGUUUGCAGUCUUGUGUGUUGGGGAAAAAAGAAAAAAAAAAAAGUAUAGAAUUAGAAACUUACUUUUACAUCAUAGUGUUCAUUUUUAACUAAAAUGAUCUAUAAAUUGGUUUGUGUAUUCAAUAUACUUAUGUAAAAUCGUUGUGUUGGAAUUUUAUUUUAUUUUGCUAUAUUUAGCAUGUAUACUUAUGAAGUGUUCAUGCAACAGUUGAUAUUUUAUGAAUAAAUUAAGUAGUUUGUUUACAAAGGGUUGUAGUUUGGGCCUUGUUUUGGCAAACUGAGCUUCAUGCAUGUGCGUAAAGUGUCAUCACAGAAUAGCCCGUGCAGUCUUCACUGGCUUAUCAUUGAAGACAUUAUAAUCUUGUUACGAAUUUUUAGUUUGUAGGAAGUCACUUCUUAAUGAAAUUGAGUAAAGGGGGAAAGUGGCCUUCCUGAUCAGCUUGUGCUCACUGCACAUUUCUUAACCCUUUGCAUGCUGGGAAAUUUGUAGUCUGCUAAAAUGUCGUCUGCUGUAUUUCUAAAAUUAGCCUUUUCUUAGAUUUUUUUCAAAUAAUACUAUCAGAAUAGCAAACAGUUUGGAUCCUGAUGAGACGCCACGUUCUGUGGCGUCUCAUCUAUAUCCAAACUGUUUGCAAAGGCCUUUAAAAUUCGGUUCCAGCGCUGAAAGGGUUAAAACACAGUAUUAUGUGAAGUUGGAAUAAGACAUCAAUUUGGGAAUAAAUUGUUAUUUUUCAAAAGUGCAUAAUAUGUAGUUUAAUAUGUUGUUUUUAUUUAGUUUGACAUAUUAUAAUUAAAACAGAUACUUGCAUACAUAAUAGCAUCAUUUAAAUUAAUUUUACUGCAAAACUGGAUUGUUUAUUGAUUUUUUUUUAAAUCCUCAUGAAAUGAAACGCAUGACGCAUGGACACAGUUUAAAAAUACAGUAAAAAUUAUGAAAAUACAAAUACUCUUAAUGAAAAAGUCAUGGAAAAUUGCUUAUUAAUCUUGUAGUAUAGAUAAAAUAUUAGAGAAAUAGAUACAGACCAUGAAAUUAGUAGUUUGAGAAAAUCACCAAAAUGAUGUCCAUUCCACGUUUGAUGUCUUAUUCCAAAUUCACAUAAUACAAUGUUCUUAAGCACAAUUUUCCCAGGACGCAUGCUCAUUUGAUUAAUGGAAGACAUGUCAUAUUGUGGAAGUGACUUCGAUACAGUUUUCGGUAUGUUUAUUGUUAUCUUGCAAUAUACCAUGACAAAAGUGUCUUGGGCCAAAGAAUUCCAAGUCGUUGUACCAAAUGUGUUUAAAAUGUUUGUACUGAACUAUUAUGAAUCUCAUAUCUUGUUCUACACAUUUUUAUCUGUUACAUUUUUCUGUUUACUUUUUAUAUUUUAGGGUGUUGUGUUUACAUUCUUGAUCAAAAUUUUAUUAGAAUAUUUAUUCUCUUGUUAAUAAAUGAAUUUAAAGUUA